AUGGCACGUCGCAGCCACACAUCUCGACAAGAUCGGUCUGCCCUGUCCGGACAGAACACGCCCCGUAUCCCACGGCAGACAGAAUCAAAAAGAUGGGACAAGUCACUACAGAGCGCGACGGAGUCUGGUGCUGCCGCGAAGGCAUCCCUCAUCGACUCAUUUCUAUCCAACGUGCGGAAUGUAAAUUUGUUAGACGAGGACAACGUCAACAUUGACAAUUGUCCAGUGCCCAAAAGAUCAGACCCUCCGAAGAACAACUUCGUCAACGAGCAAGCCCGUACCGCGACCCUCGUUGCCGGCGUUGCCUGUGACGCUCGAGCGAUGGCGGUCCAAAGUCUAGGCUGCGGUCAUGUACCAUUUAUGUCCGCCUUGAUCCCCAUCGAAGGCUCUCAGUGGCCGAUUCGACCAAACUCGGACAUGGACAAUUACGGCAUUGAAAGCCACGGACAAUACACCAAGUUCCUCGCCGUGGUGGAGGCACCAAAACUAUCCCAAGACUACGUGCCCGACAUAGGCAAGCAAGUUCAAAUGUACUUUGAUAUGGAAUACAAGUUUGAGAAGAUUCCAGUCACGGAAAUGUGGCCUGAAGACGUUGAAAAGAUCGUCAACGAGUUUUCUCGCGAAUUCCAGGACACAGACGCAGCAUACUCAUACACACUCAACGCUGAUGGCCAGACGAUGGACGAAGUGGUGGCCGCCCAGGACGUUUCAUUGUCGAGAGAAGAACUGGACAAAAUACGCCUCGAUUGCAUCCGCAAAAGAAUGGCCAAGUUGAUUCUGCCAAAUAUCCCCUACGAGCUCACUGACAAGCAACGCAACGGCCUAACGACAGCAGAGGCUCGCAUCGCUCUGGCCGCGGACGCUAUUAAGACUAUCAUCACUGAGCACGACCAGUGCCCCCAAGAGCAACGAGCACUGCUAGAGUCCUGGCUGGAGAAAAACAACACCGUCCAAGCGAAUACAGACGACGUUGACUGGACAGACAUAAAAUGGCAUGGUCGACGCAUUAUCCAAGUUCCCGGUAUCGUAUCUGGUUUUCAAUACUACUUGCUCUCCACCCCUAAGCAUCCCAACUGGCCCCCUGAUCUACAACCCCCUCCCCUUCGUUUUGUCUAUGACAAACCCGAUGUAAACGGCUCAGUGCAGGCUCUUCACGACAGUCUAAAGCUGGUCAUUCGCACAGUCAUCUUCUACCGAGCGAAAGUCGAGGUGCUCAAGUUCAAGGGGCGCGUCUGCCAUACCAUGAACAAUCUCAAAGACGGCUCUCGUGGUUUGCAUUGGUGGCGCUACGCGCUGAAUUUCAACCCCGCGGUCUCGAAGACUAUCAAGGUGAAUCUCCUCUCGGAAUUUCCAGGAAUAGCCGCCGGGUUGGCCAAUGGAAGAUUCCGCGGUGAGCACGCCCAGGCAGCCAGAGCUUUAGAGUUCUCAAACGCCGGCAAGUUUAUCCUGCAAGGCGGCCCGGGAGCGGGGAAAUCAGCCUUUAUACAGACAUGUUUGACCACAGCGUUGGAAAAGGACACCGUCCUGAACGGCAUUUCCAAGCGCACGACGGCGGUAUACACGACAAGUACAAACGCCAUGGUCAAUAACGCCUACACAGUCUUUGCGGAAAGAAAUCCCAAUCGACGCGCCGCACGUGCCUUUAUGUUUCGAGAAGAAGUACUCGCCGUUCUGCUUUAUGAGAAUAUGCACAGAAAUGAAGCACAAGAAGACACGGAACAGAACACGUCGUCCGCUCCCCGCCAUCAAGCUAUAAGUGUCUUCCGCCAACACGUGGAAAACAUCACUCAGAGCAACCGAGAAUUAUACUCCCCUCGACAACACGAACACAGCCUAGCCGCUAUAGCUAUCCAACGUAUUAUCGCGGACCCAAACUCAUUCAUCUCCCAUUGCUGGCCUAUGCGCACCGAAGACCCGGAUUCAUGGAAGGCCUUGAAAAAGACGCUCCUGGAACGUAUCAAAGAGUUGCUCAAGGCAAUUAUCUUGGAAUUGGACGUCAUUUUUUGCACUCCCCAUACCGCUAAGGAUCUAAAGAACAACUGUCAGGAUUGGAAUCCCACUCUUGUCAUCAUCGAUAAAGCCGGGCUCCUCACGGAGACACAACUGCUCGUGCCCAUCUCUUGCUGGCCGCACGCCGCAACGCUGAUAGUCGGAGACCCGAAUCAGCUCCGUCCAAUUGUCCCCAGCUAUAGGAAAAAGCUGCGUUGCGAGACGCUGGCUGAGAAAGAGGACGACGUAAAGGUCUUUGAGUUUGACGACCUGGUCAGCGAACAGCGACGCUACCCCAUAUUGGCCCGCGCGCAGGCGCUGCAUGGUGUCGACUUUACCCUGCGAGAGAACCACCGCGUCUACGGCAGCGCAGGCGAAUACAUGUCUCGUAACAUGUUCAACGGUAGCAUGGUGUGCACACACCUCGGAGACCGGGCUGCCUCUGCAUCCUUGUCUGAGUACGUGAACGAAAACCUCGAGGCCUCUAAAAACCUUGUGUGGUUCGAUUUGGACGGAGCAGUCGAGACCGCGGCUGGCACCUCGUACGUCAACACGGCACAAGCCAGAUUCUGCGUCGAGCUCGCACUUCAGUUUUGUCGCGAGUGUGAUUUUCCCCUUGUGACAGACUGGCUAGCUUGGAAGAACGGGAAGCUCGAAAAAAAGGGCAUCCGUCGUGGUCGCGUCUUGAUCAUCUGCAUGUACGCUCAGCAACGGGAGCUCAUUUUAUCCAUGCUCCAACAAGUUCCCACACACGAGUACGAUUUGUCACACAUCGAGGUACGCAGUGUCGACCAAUGCUUGGGCCACUACAGAGAAGUCGUCAUCAUGUCCAUCGGACGCUCGGCCGGAGCUGGCCACACCAGGGACAUUAAACGUUCCAACGUCGCCCUGACGAGACAUAUCUUAUUCCUCGCUACAGUUUCCUCUUCUGAAGUGGGCGACAAGCUCGGGAACAACCUAAAACGCUACCGCCAGUACCACGACAAGCACAACCUGCGGAAGCAGAUCAAGGGAUGGCACUUGUGGUGCGAAAAGUGUUGCCAGCACGGGCACUCCCAAGAACGCUGUGGUGAGACUCUAGUCUGCGGCUUUUGCAGGGGACCACAUGCAGGACGCAACUGCACCAAAGUUCCCCGGGAUAAGGCGACAGUGGCCGACGAGAGAUGGACAGAGGGUGCCACCGAUAAUUGCUGGCCUCCCGCCACUGAAGCUGUCGUCACCGCUCCCGCAGCGCUCACCUUGGAAGACGGCAAUAAACGUCUGGUAAUCCUCGACAAUCUUCAGCGUUCAGUCCUGUACAAGUCAGACGCAGCUCAGAAAGGCAAACAACCAAAGGUCAUCGUUUGCCCUACCCGCAGCAUCGUCCAAAGCCAACGAAGGGCCAACUAG